UGGAUUGAUGCUGCAUCGGGAGCAACAUGGAACUCUGACCGACACCACUUCGGCUUUCACCACAUGAAAUGUUCCAAAGAGAGGAUCAUCUAUUCUGCAAUCACCUCUUCAAUGUUAUAUCUAUAGUCUCGUCUCUGGAGAAAAAUAACCCUGCAACACGACGUGUGGUUCCUUCCUUAAGACUCAGUUAGAUCUCUGCCAUGCUCAGCACCGGUCAUCAGGACUCUGGUGCCGCCGCUCUGGUCCAUGGAGAGCAUGAUGAAGCAGCUGGUGCCAGCUGUCUCGAGAUUGCCGGGACCUGCUCCUCGAAGCUUCGUGCCCUCGUGGAGAUUUGCCACCUUCUCCUGCACUUGCCGCAGGAAAGCCCUCAGGUAGAGCUGUGGCUGCGUGGGGAGGGGCCCUGCGCCUUCACGCUGGAAGAAGCCUUGGCAUUGGCUGAGUCCACUGCACGCGCAGGACCCCGGCGGCCCAAGCGCGUGGUCGUGCAGCUUUCGGGCUCCGCGGCCGCGGUGGGUGCCAGCGCCGUGGCCCUGUGGCGUGAAAGCGAGCGGAAGGCCUGGCUUCACGAGCGGAAGCAUGGUCCGCCAGCCUUGCUGGUGGACUACUUUUCGAGGUGGUUUGGAGGCGAUGCCGGUCAAAUGCUUCGAGAGAGGCAAGCAGAACGCCAGAAGCGAGGUCAAUACGAUCUCGCUGACCGUGACCAAGAUGCAAAGAGGCCAAAGACUGCCGACGUCUUGCUCGCGGUCCAGGGACCGAUGACUGCUCCGCCCGCAGUGACGGCGACCGAGGGCGGUCCGCCCAAGGCCGCAAAGGAGGUGGAAUCUUCGGAGGAUGAAGAGGUUAGCCUGCCUCCGGCCACGGCCUUGCCCCUCUUCGUCACGGAGGAGCUCGGUGUGCAGGCGGACACGCCCCCGGCGGCCUCGCCCGAGGGCGAGGUGCUCGAGGCGCCAGCACCGGAGUAUGCUGAUGGUCACCAUGACUUGGCGUCGGACUCCGACAGCGACUACUAUCGCCCCGGGCCCGCGGAGGAUCCGCUGUGGGCACGGCGCCAGGCAAUCCUCAGCAAGUUGGCCGGCAUGGGUUGAA